UGAGACGAUCAAAGAAAAAAUGAGAGAAUGAUAGAGAAUUAUAAAUAUUUAAAUUAUUUGAAAACAAAUUUAUAAUUAACUUAAUCAACUACCAAUAACUUAUUCAAAAAUUUUCGAUAAUAUUUAAUCUUUCUAAUAUUUAACAAGUGCGAAAUAAAAUAAACUAUAUAAUAUUUAAACCUCAGUAAAAAUUAUUUGAAAACGGACCGCCAAACACCCUCUUAUUAGUGUCAUUAUCCUUGUCUAAAAGGCGUCGAACGGAUCGGGUCGAAUAAACCGUUCCCACCUGCCCUCGCUCUCGCUCACCCUUGGUCUCGUCCAUCUCCACUUCCACUCUUUUUCAUCGUUCAAGCUCUCUCUCUCUUCAAUCUCCGUCUGUAGCUCUAUUUAUGUUCGAAACUCGGACGUUGUCAAUUGCUGAAUCAAGCAGCUCGCUCAAUUUGUCCCCAAUUUACCACACGGCUAGGGUUUUUCACCAGACUUUUAAGCUGGGAAUCGUCUCUGAAGAAGUCUCUCUGAAUUGUGUGGAUGUUCGAAGUGGUUGAUUCGGGAAGCAGCUUUCAAAGGGAAUAGGAUGAGUAUCGUGCCGAAGGAGACGAUUGAGGUGAUAGCGCAAAGCAUUGGGAUCAGUAGCUUGUCGCCGGAUGUUGCUCUGGCUCUUGCUCCCGAUGUGGAGUACCGUAUGCGUGAAAUCAUGCAGGAGGCAAUUAAAUGUAUGCGGCAUUCAAAGAGAACUAUUCUGACAACAGAUGAUGUUGACAGCGCACUCAAUUUAAGAAAUGUGGAGCCAAUUUAUGGAUUUGCUUCUGGAGAUCCUUUGCGGUUCAAAAGAGCUGUUGGACACAAGGAUUUGUUCUACAUUGAUGACAAGGAUUUGGAUUUUAAAGACGUGAUUGAAGCUCCUCUGCCAAAAGCACCACUUGAUACUUCAGUUAUCUGUCACUGGCUUGCUAUUGAAGGGGUACAACCUGCCAUUCCAGAAAAUGCUUCUGUGGAAGUUAUUGCUGCUCCUUCUGAUAACAGAAAGCCUGAGCAGAAGGAUGAUGGACUUCCUGUUGACAUUAAACUACCUGUUAAACAUGUACUAUCUAGGGAGCUUCAGCUAUACUUUGAUAAAAUCACUGAACUUGCUGUGAGUAGGUCCGAUUCAGCUCUUUUCAAGGAAGCCUUAGUGAGUUUGGCCACAGACUCAGGAAUUCAUCCUUUAGUUCCGUACUUCACAUGCUUUGUUGCAGAUGAGGUUUCUCGUGGUUUGAAUGAUUUUCGUCUGCUUUUUGCUUUGAUGCGUCUUGUUUGGAGUCUUCUUCAAAAUCCUCACAUACAUGUGGAACCUUAUCUACACCAGUUGAUGCCAUCAGUUGUUACGUGCCUUGUUGCGAAGAGAUUAGGGAGAUCAGGGAAAAAUGCUGACAAUCACUGGGAACUGAGGGACUUCACAGCAAAUCUGGUUGCCUUAAUUUGCAAGAGAUUUGGGCAUGUUUAUAAUAAUCUCCAGACACGUUUGACAAAAACUUUGGUCCAUGCAUUUUUGGACCCAAAACGGGCAUUGACUCAACACUAUGGUGCCAUACAGGGGUUAGCAGCUCUAGGACCUAAUGUGGUCCGCCUUCUUUUGCUGCCAAAUCUUGAGACGUACGUGAAACUUCUUGAACCAGAGAUGCUUCUUCCAAAGCCAAAGGAAACAAUGAAAUGGUAUGAAGCUUGGCGAGUUUAUGGGGCUCUGCUGUUUGCUGCAGGCCAAUGCAUGUACGAUCGCCUGAAGUUGUUUCCCCGUUUACCAUUCCCCCGUUCAAAUCUUGUCUGGAGACCCAAUGCAAGAGUUGUUACUACACCACCAAACAAACGCAAGGCAAACGUGGAGCAUUUGGAGCAGCAGCCUCCCCACAAGAAAAUCGCAACCGAUGGUCCAAUAUUUGUGCCAUCGAACAAUUCCUUGGCAUCAGACAUCCAAGGAGAACUCGGAGUUCAAGCACCUGUAGGCGAUUCAAUGGUGAGCCCACCCUCCUCCUCCUCCUCUAGACGAAUCUCUGGCGAGGCUGCCCCUGCUGGAAGCAGAAGUAGAAGCAGGGGUGACAACCGAAGCCUGAAAAUGGCGGCUGUUCUUGAUCGGGUUUGGAAGGAUGACCUGAACUCAGGGCGUCUUCUCGGCUCAUUGUUUGAACUGUUUGGCGAAAGCAUGCUCAACUUCAUUCCAACUCCUGAGAUGUCUAUGUUUUUGUAACAAUUUGGACCAAAAUUUAUACUUUACUGUUGUAUAAUCCUCAGGCGUAGCAUUAUCAUUGAUUAGAGGAAAAUUAUUCAGAUUUCAGAAGCUGAUUUGCUUGCUGUC